AUGAGGAAUCAUCAUUCUUCGCCAUUUUUUUCAAAGGAUGAGCCACCGGAAAAAGACUUGAAUAGAUCAUGCUCAUAUCGUCUUUUUUACGGCACCAAUGCAUGGUGUGUCUUUAUCGAGCUUCAUCAUUUGUUAUGCUCACGUCUGGCAACAUUCAAGAAGAAACAUCAGGAACUCAUUGCAAAUCAUGAGGUGGAAGAACGCUUACACUUGAAGCGCCAGGAAAUCAUAGAACGCGCGUAUGCAGAGAGAGGAACGGAUUUGACGAAAUCUACAGGAAGGAAUUUCUCGCAGCAUCUGAAUCCGGAUAUUUCUAGCCCCAAAAACUACUACACUUGCUUGAUCAAAGCGCUAAAACAACGUCUGGAUGGCACCGUUGACAAUGAUGCUUUCGAGGAGAUCGUUAGGGCAUUAUUCGGAGCCAGUGCUUAUCUCUCAUUUACAAUGGAUGCAAUUAUUAUGGUUAUUAUACGACAGCUGCAACAUUUG